AUGUGGCUUCAAGAUGAUUCCAUUAUGGGUCUUAUGGAGAGCUGGUGGAGGUCUCUUUCCUUCUCUGGUUCACCUGGUUUUGUUCUUGCAAAGAAAAUGCAAGCCUUAAAAGAGAAGUUAAAAGUCUGGAAUAGAGAAGUGUUUGGCAAGAUUGAGAGGCUGGUGCAAGAAAAUUUAAUCUCUAUUCAAAGCAUUGCAGCGAGAGUUUUCCUUGAUCCUAGUAAUGACCAGUUGUUGAAUGAGCAAAUCGUAGCGAAGGCAGAAUUCAAAAGAUUAGCCAAAAUGCAUAACGAUUUCUGGAAGCAGAGAACCGACUUAAAUUGGAGAAGACUUUUUUUCAAGACCGCAGCUGGACGGGCUUAUUUUUUCCCUUCCAUUUCGUCUAAUGCUGCUGCCAAACUUGAGGACUGGUUCACAGAAGACGAGGUUCUGCUUGCUGAUAAGGAGUUAGGUCAGGACAAAGCUCCUGGUCCGGAUGGUAUGCCUAUUUUUGUGAUUCUUAAUUGCUCGAAUUUCAUGAAAGACGAUAUAAUGCAGGUUUUGUAUGAGCUCCACAACAACAAUUUUAUUAAUUGGAGGUUCAAGUCUACGUUUUUUGUCCUAAUACCUAAAGUGCAAGAUCUUGAGCAAAUUUCUGACUUUAGACCAAUAAGUCUUAUGAGUAGCAUUAACAAAAUCAUCUCAAAAGUUAUCGCUUCUAGGCUCAAAGUGGUGCUGCCCCAAAUCAUCAGUUAUCAACAAUCCGCCUAUGUUCAUGGGAGACAAAUAAUGGAUAGCGCUUUAAUAGCUAACGAAUGCAUAAAUUCAGCUCAUUUGCUCAAUCAAAAUGGGAUUCUCUGCAAAAUUGAUUUUCAAAAGGCUUACGACAAUGUUGCUUGGUCUUUUAUAGACUACGUUCUAAAAAGAAUGGGGUUUGGAAUGACUUGGCGAAAAUGGAUUGAAGCGGCUAUUUCUCACGUUUACUUCUCAGUGCUUAUCAACGGUUCUUCUAAUGGAAGAUUCAAAAUCUCGAAGGGUUUGCGACAAGGAGAUCCUUUGUCUCCUUUUUUAUUUCUUAUUGUUGCUGAGUCGUUAAAUUUGAUGUUCACAAAGGCAGCCGAACUUCAGUGGAUUCAAGGUUUCGAUAGUUCUCCAGGUGGUUCUAAGAUUACUCACCUUCAAUUUUCCGACAACACUCUGAUCUUCCUCAAGAAUGACCAUAGAAGCAUCGCUUAUCUCCGCAAUAUCCUCAUCUGGUUUGAAGUGAUUUCAGCGCUCAAAAUCAAUUUUCAUAAAACAUCUCUUAUGGCUGUUGGUAAUGUACAAAAUCUAGACUCUCUUGCAACCACUUUGGGGUGUAAAACUAUGGUGCUGCCUUCAACCUAUCUUGGUCUCCCAUUGGGUGAAGCUUAUAGAUCAAAUAAUAAGUGGGACCGCAUCAUCGAAAGAUUCGAAGCUAGACUCCCAAGUUGGAUGGCAAUAAACUUGUCUCCUGGAGGUAGACUUACCCUUAUUAUUUUUGUUCUGAUGUCCUUGCCCAUUUACUUAUUCUCUCUUUUCUUUGCACCCAUUAAUGUUAUUAAAAAACUAGAAAGAAUUAUCCGCAAUUUCUUAUGGGAUGGAGGGGUCGACCGCAAAAAGUAUCAUCCUGUAGCAUGGGAUAUCGUUCUCAAACCCAAAAAUUUAGGUGGUUUAGGAGUUAAGGAUUUGCAUCUAAUGAACAUCGCUUUGUUGAUGAAAUGGCUGUGGAAUUUUGGCGAAGAUGAUAAUCCUUUAUGGAAGAAUUUAGUCUCUCAAAAGUAUGGUAUUGAGGAGCAUGGGUGGUAUGCGAAAAAUCCUAAACAAGCUUAUGGUUGUAGUGUUUGGAGAGGAAUUCAAAAUCACUUGGUCGACUUCAAAGCAAACUACAAAUUCAUUGUGGGGAAUGGAGAAAGAAUUCAAUUUUGGAAGGAUAUAUGGUUGGGUAACACUCCUUUAGCAGAGCAAUUUCCAUAUGCCUUCGGAGCAUCUUCACACAAAGACUUUACUAUAGCGCAAAUGUACAACACAAGUGAAAAUAGUUGGUCGUUGGGUAUUACAAGAAGAAUUUAUGAUCAUGUUAUUGUUUGUGUUGCGGGUUUGCUUCAUGCUUUGGAUGAAUGCAAAAUUGUGCCUAACAAAAAACCAGAUGAAAGAGGUUGGAUGCAUAACAAUGUUGUAGGAAAAUUCUCGGUGAAAAAAUGUUAUUCAUGGCUCGUUUCGCGGAACUUAAGUCAGGAAGAAGAAGUUUGUGUUCCUACAUAUAAAAUUUGGUCUAAACUCUGGCCUUCAAAGGUCAGUUUUUUUCUUUGGUUAGCCUCAAAAGAUAAAGUGUUGACUCAAGAUAAACUUUGUAAGAGAAAGUGGAGGGACUGGGUGAACCAUUGUUAUCUCUGCAUCAAUGAUGAAGAAACUUCAAAGCAUAUGCUCAUGCAUUGCUCUUUUGCGAGCACCAUCUGGAGUACCUUUAUCGUGUUAUUUAAUUUGGUAUGGAUAAUUCCCCCUUCCAUCGAGAUUGCUCUGCACUCCUGGCCUCAAUCUAAAGCUAUCUCGAGAAAGGCUUGUGUCAUUAAUUGUAUGCCUGCUGCAAUCAUUUGGAAUCUAUGGAAAGAAAGAAAUCAUCGGGCUUUCGACAACAAGUUAUCAUCAAUUCUGAAUCUCAUUCAGAAAAUCAAGUUCACAGUUGCUUUUUGGCUUUACCAACAACCCCAAUUCAAGGGUAUCACCCUGCAGUACUUCAUGCUGAAAUGGAAAGAAGUAGUAUUCGAACCACCAUGA